AGUGCAAGACACUGUCACUGACACUGCAGAGGAGCGGAGGAUAAACCGGCUGAUUCUUCAGAGGGGACGUCUGCAUGUUUCCAUUUCUGGCUUCCUGACGUUCAAAGUAAUGUUCCCCCGCUUGCUUUAAAGUAGUUGAUAUGGCAACACUAGAGUUAUACAGCAAGGGAGCAAGUGUGUGGAUCCCUGAUCCAGAUGCAGUCUGGGUUUCAGCCCAGCUCCUCCAGGACUACGCUCAUGGAGACAAACAUCUCCUGCUCCAGCUCUCUAAUGGAAAAGAGAUUCAGUAUCCAGUGGGCUCUCCUCCCGAUCUCCCACCACUGGGGAACCCCGACAUCCUGGAGGGGGAAAACGACCUAACGGCUCUCAGCUUCCUCCACGAGCCUGCCGUGCUGCACAACCUGCGGGUUCGAUUCCUGGACUACAGCAGCAUCUACACGUACUGCGGUAUUGUUUUAGUGGCCAUCAAUCCCUAUGAGCAGCUCCACAUCUAUGGAGAGGAGGUAAUAGAUGCCUACAGUGGUCAGGACAUGGCCGACAUGGAACCUCACAUCUUUUCAGUGGCAGAGGAAGCCUACCGCACCAUGACCAGGGAGGAGAAAAACCAGUCCAUCAUCAUCAGUGGGGAGUCUGGCUCGGGGAAAACGGUCUCAGCCAAAUUCACAAUGCGAUACUUUGCUGUGGUUGGAGGAGCAGCACAGCAGACCAGCGUGGAGGACAGAGUCCUGGCUUCUAACCCAAUCAUGGAGUCUAUUGGGAAUGCUAAAACCACUCGAAAUGACAACAGCAGUCGUUUUGGUAAAUACAUCGAGAUUGGCUUCGGCAGGAAGGGCGACAUCAUUGGGGCUAAGAUGAGGACGUAUCUACUGGAGAAGUCGAGGGUCGUCUUCCAGGCAUCGGCAGAGAGAAACUACCACAUAUUCUACCAGCUGUGUGCCUCCAGAGAGCUGCCUGAGAUGAGAUGCCUCAAACUGGAUGCACCUGAGCGUUUCCGCUACACCAGCCAGGGAGGAGAGAUGCAGAUACCUGGUGCUGAUGAUCUGUCAGACCUGGAGUGCACUCGCAAUGCUUUCACCGUUCUGGGUGUGCAGCCUCACCAGCAGAUGGAGCUCUUCAGGGUCCUGUCAGCUGUCCUCCACCUGGGAAAUGUCAACAUCCAAGCCAGUGGGAGAAGUUCUGAUAGGAGUUAUAUUGAAGCAGACGACCGCGCUCUGGCUGUCUUCUCCAAGCUGCUCGGAGUCGAAGGGCCUCAGAUGGCCCACUGGCUGUGCCAUCGCAGGCUGGCUGUGGGGGGAGAGAUGCUGGUCAAACCCAGAACCGGGCAGCAGGCUGCAGAAGCCAGAGACGCACUGGCCAAACACAUCUACGGCCAGUUGUUCACAUGGACUGUCCAGAGACUCAACUCUGCCCUGCGCACCCAGAGGGGACAGUCCAGAUCCUUCAUUGGGGUGCUGGAUAUAUAUGGGUUUGAGACCUUUGAUCGGAACAGUUUUGAGCAGUUCUGUAUAAAUUAUGCGAAUGAAAAGCUCCAGCAGCAGUUUAACAGGCAUGUGUUCCACUUGGAGCAGGAGGAGUAUCUCCGGGAGGAGCUGGCCUGGAGCAGGAUUGAGUUCAUUGACAAUCAGCUGUGCAUCAACCUCAUAGAGGGACAACUGGGCCUGUUUGAUCUGUUGGAUGAGGAAUGCAGGAUGCCCAAAGGCUCAGACGAGAGCUGGGUGCGGAAGCUGUACGACCAACACCUGAGCAGCAAGCCCCAGCAGCACUUCCAGAAACCCCGCAUGUCAAACAGCGCCUUCAUCGUUCUGCACUUCGCUGACACGGUGCAGUAUGAAUGUGAAGGCUUUUUAGACAAGAAUCGAGGCACAGUCUUUGAGGAGCUUGUAAACAUUCUUAAAGCGAGUCAGUCGGAGCUUGUGGCCGAGUUGUUUCAGCAGCAGGACGUGGACGUGUCCACUGUGGCCAAUGGAAGUGUUCGCUCGGGGAAAAGGGCCACCAGAGAACACAGACUGACCGUGGGCUUCCAGUUCCGUCAGUCCUUACAGAUGCUGAUGGACACCCUGAACAGCACCACUCCCCACUAUGUCCGCUGCAUCAAACCCAACGACCUCAAGGAGGCUUUUAUUUUUGACCCGAAGAGGACAGUGCAGCAGCUGAGAGCCUGUGGGGUGCUGGAGACAAUUCGUAUCAGUGCUGCAGGUUAUCCAUCCAGGUGGACGUAUGAGGAGUUCUUCAGCAGGUACCGUGUGCUUCUCCGAGGGCCUCAGAGUCAGGAGCAGGCCCAGGCCUCCUGCAGACGGACCCUGCCUCAGGUCAUCUCAGACCCGGACCAGUACUGCUUCGGAAAGACCAAAGUAUUUUUUAGGGCCGGCCAGGUGGCUCUCCUGGAGCGGCUGAGAGCCGAGCGGCUGCGCGUGGCUGCGGUGACCAUCCAGAGCCGGGUCAGAGGAUGGCUGUCACGGAUCAGAUACACCAGGAUCCUCUGGGCAACUGUCACCAUACAGAGACACUGCAGAGGAGCUCUGGCCAGACGACUGGCCCUGACCCUGCGCUUCACCAAGGCUGCCUUAGUGAUCCAGAGGACCUACCGCAUGGUGGUGGUCAGACGCUUGUUCCUCAUCAUCCGCCAGGCCACUGUCACCAUCCAGGCCUUCACCAGGGGCAAACUGGCUCGCCGCAGAUACAGACAGUUGGUGGCAGAGCGUGCCGCCGUGUUGCUCCAGGCGAGAGUGCGUGGGUGGUUGGCGAGGCAGGCGUACAGGCGAGUGCGUGCUGCUGUGGUGUUCAUGCAGUGCUGCGUGCGCCGCAGGGCCGCCAGGAGAGAGCUGCUGCAACUGAAGACCGAGGCCCGCUCAGUGGAGAGGUACAGAGAGCUCAACAAGGGCAUGGAGGUCAAACUGAUGCAACUGCAGUUACGGGCUGACCAGGAGGCCAGAGAGAGUGCUUCUAUGAGAGAGACCCUGUGCACAGAGCGAGAGGCCGCCAGCUCUGAGCUGGAGGCUCUGAGGGUGAGGAUACAGAGACUGGAGGGCCAGAAGCAUGAGAAACCCCAGCCCUGCCCAGACAUCAGUGAGAAGGAGGUGGAGAAGAGGAGGAGAGCCCAGGAGAAGGCUGCGCAGGAGAUCCUUCAGCUCACGCAGGAGUUACAAACUCUGCAGAGAGAAAAGGAGAGCUUUGACAAAGAAAGACAGGAACUCUCCGCUCGCCUGCUCGAACAAGAAAAAGCUCAAGAAGAAUGCGUCCACCAGGCUGUGUCUCAGGCGAGUGCAGCUCUGAGGGUGGAGCUGGACGAAGAGAGGCGGAAGCACCAGGGACUCCUGAGAGAGUUCACCAGACUGGAGCAGAGAUAUGACAACCUUCGAGAGAUGAGUUUGCUCACUGAGCGCACCAAUGGCCACAGAAGGACCGACUCCAGUCUGAGCUUGGAGCCUCUCUCUCCCUCACCCACCGCGCUGUCACCCCAGUGUCUCACCCCACUCUCCCUGUCACCCUUCCCAUCUGCCUUCCCCUCCCCAGAGGAGGUCCGCAGGGUCACCGGGACGUCUCCAUGCCUGGAGCGGAGACUCCCAUUUUGGAGCUCAGAAACACCGAUGGACGCCUUAAUGGAGAAGAUGGAUGUGCCCAAAGCCGUGAAGAUGGGAGGAGAGGACCUGGCACUUGCCUACGAUGCCGUACGAGUGGCCAACAAGUUUCUGGAGAGUCAGCUGCAUAACCAUCGCAGUCAGUGGGAGGAGGAGCAGGAAGCUCUGAGGCGCCAGCUCAGACAAACAAUCUCUGGUGCUUCCUCUGCCGCGCCGCGACAGGAGCUGCAGGAGCUGCUGGAGGCCAGAGAACUGGAGUGUGUCAAACUGAGGCGAGAGCUGAAGGCGCUGAGAAACACGGUCUCACUCAGAUGGCGCCUCACUCAAGAUCCACCAUCAGCGUUGACCCCAGAGACCUUGUCCUGUCCAUCCCGACCACAGUCGGCAUCAGUCACCGGUUUGCUCGAGUGUAGAAAGAGAGAUGAAACUAAGCUCAUGAAGAACCUCAUCACAGACAUCCGUGUGGACAGUGCCCUGUCUCUGCCUCCUGGUCUACCUGCCAGCGUGCUUUUCCUGUGCGUCCGCCAGGCCGACUGCAGCCGGGACCAAGCUCACGCUCGCUCGCUCUGCAGCGCUGCUGUCACUGCUGUGAAGGCCGCUCUGAAGAAACAUAGCAACAAUACAGACAUGACAUCUCUGUGGCUGAAGAAUGCUUGUGUGUUGCACGACCUGUUGACCCAGCACUCGCUGAAACAGACCCAUGAUUCAAGUGAUCUGGUUCCACUGACGACUGACCUGAGCGACCUCAUCCGCGCCCUGAGUGACCUCUGUAUCCAGGCCUAUCAGCAGCUCCUCUCCAUCACCGAGACACACCUGCAAAACAUCAUAGUCCCCGCCCUGCUGGAGACCGAGACCAUCCCCGGUCUCUCUGGCUCAGCGAUGAAGUUGGGAGCAUCCAGGAAGCGGACAGCCUCAGACCCCCGGACUGUGGCUGGUGUUGCUCCCACUAUGGCGUUGGUGUUGAGGGAGCUGGGAGCCCUCCACACCGCCCUGUCCCACCAGGCUCUGCCCACGAUGCUGGUGGAACAGGCCUUUCAGCAGCUCACCUACCUCAUCUCUGCCUCCGUGCUGAACAGCCUGCUGCUGCGGAAAGACAUGUGCUGCUGGACUCGUGGCAUACAAAUACGCUACAACGUGAGCCUGUUGGAGGAGUGGCUGCGUAGCCGCGACCUGCAGGCAGGGGGCGCUGUGGCUCCACUGGAGCCUCUCAUCCAGGCGGCUCAGCUGCUGCAGACAGGGAAGAAAACUGAGGCGGAGGCAAAGGCCCUUGUUCAGACCUGCACUGCGCUGUCCAGCCAGCAGAUUGUAAAGAUCCUCACCCUCUACACUCCCCACAGUGACCUUGAAGAGAGAGUCACACUGAAUUUCAUCCGCACCGUCCAGGGGCUUCUGAAAGGACGUGAUGGUCAGCCUCCGCAGCUCCUGAUGGAUGUGAGGCGAGUGUUUCCUGUCACUUUCCCCGACUUGCCCCCCGCUGCCCUCCGCGCUGAGCAGUUAGUCAUCCCAGACUCCCUCAAGAUCUCCUUUCUACGCCGAGCCUAGAAAACUGGACGUUAGCCUCUUCAGUUCCGUAUCACGUCCAACAACUUUUAUUAUGUGUUGUGACUUUCAUUCCCUUUUUAGGGAAACUCAUUUGAUGGAUUAACCUGUUGAGGGUCAGUGGUCAAAAAUGUCCAUAUCAGCUAAUUAACCAGCUAGUUAAUACAAAUUUUAUUUUACUUUAUGAAUUCAAAAUUGGCCAUUUACAUAAAGCAAAAAUUGCAGCUACAUUUUAACAAACAAGGGAUGAAAUGAAGCUUUUUUUCCAGAUUUUAUUGGAAGCAAAAACACAGUGGAACCACAGUCCCAAUUAACCCCCAAUAAGAACAAAAAAGGAAAAAAAAUUUGAGACAUCUUGUGUAUAAAAAAAUUCUCAUGCGAGUACUUUGUACCACUACACAUCAUCAGUAAUACAUAUUUAUAUAUUCACAACCAUUUUGAAAAAUAGAAAACAAUAAUGAAUUAUCCAAAAUAAAGGAGACAAAAAUUGGCAAUUAA